CUAAAAAAAACUGCUUCCGGGUUACCCGAAUUUGCUUCCUCGCGCGGAUCACUGAAGCUAGCCGGUCGUAAGGAAAGUAGCGAAAUAUACGCUUUUAUUUAAAAUCUGUGUUUAUUCAUCAUGUCAAAAAGACACCGUUUAGAUUUAGGCGACGACUACACCAAUAAAAAGAGAUCUGAUGGGAAAGACCGAGAUCGCGACAGGGACCGCGACGAGCGCUCUAAAGACAGGGACAGGGACCGCGACAGAGAUCGUGACCGGGACCGAGAUAGGGACGUGAAGCCCUCCGUCGUGCCCCCCAACCCCAUGAUGGCCGGGGGAGGCAUGCUUCCUCUCAAGCAGACAGCCAUGCAGCAGCAGAUCAACCCGUUCACAAACCUGCCCCACACGCCACGCUACUAUGAGAUCCUGAAGAAGAGGCUGCAGCUACCUGUGUGGGAGUACAAGGAGCGCUUCAACGACAUCCUGGCACGCCACCAGAGCUUCGUGCUUGUUGGAGAGACGGGCUCCGGGAAAACCACACAGAUCCCCCAAUGGUGUGUGGACAUGGUGAAGGGCUUGGGCGGCCCCAAGAAGGCGGUGGCCUGUACCCAGCCCAGGAGGGUGGCAGCUAUGAGCGUGGCCCAGAGGGUGGCCGAUGAGAUGGAUGUCAUGCUGGGCCAAGAGGUGGGCUACUCCAUACGAUUCGAGGACUGCAGCUCCGCCAAGACCAUACUGAAGUAUAUGACAGACGGUAUGUUGCUUCGGGAAGCCAUGAACGACCCCCUGCUGGAGCGGUAUGGCGUGAUCAUCCUGGAUGAGGCCCACGAGAGAACGCUGGCCACGGACAUCCUAAUGGGAGUCUUGAAGGAGGUGGUCCGACAGAGGUCAGACCUCAAGGUGAUUGUGAUGAGCGCCACGUUAGACGCCGGGAAGUUCCAGGUGUACUUUGACAGCUGUCCGCUGCUGACCAUUCCCGGGCGCACACACCCUGUGGAGAUCUUCUACACCCCUGAGCCAGAGCGGGACUACCUGGAAGCCGCCAUCCGCACGGUCGUUCAGAUCCACAUGUGUGAGGAAGAGGAGGGGGACUGUCUGCUGUUCCUCACCGGACAAGAGGAAAUUGACGAGGCUUGUAAACGGAUCAAACGGGAGAUCGACGACUUGGGACCUGAAGUCGGAGACAUCAAAGUAAUUCCGCUAUAUUCCACACUGCCUCCCCAGCAGCAACAAAGAAUCUUUGAGGCCGCACCCCCCAGGAAGCCCAGCGGUGCGAUAGGAAGAAAGGUUGUGGUUUCGACAAACAUUGCUGAGACAUCCCUUACCAUCGACGGAGUGGUGUUUGUGAUCGAUCCCGGUUUUGCCAAGCAAAAGGUGUACAACCCUCGUAUCAGGGUGGAGUCUCUCCUGGUCACGGCGAUCAGCAAAGCCUCGGCGCAGCAGAGGGCUGGUCGCGCCGGCAGGACACGGCCAGGGAAGACUUUCCGCCUUUACACUGAGAAAGCCUACAAGACCGAGAUGCAGGACAACACGUAUCCCGAGAUUCUCCGGUCCAACUUGGGUUCUGUCGUGUUGCAGUUGAAGAAGCUGGGUAUCGAUGACCUGGUGCACUUUGACUUCAUGGACCCACCAGCCCCAGAGACCCUGAUGCGGGCGCUGGAGCUGCUCAACUACCUGGCGGCACUCAACGACGAUGGCGACCUGACAGAGCUGGGCUCCAUGAUGGCCGAGUUCCCGCUGGACCCCCAGCUGGCCAAGAUGGUGAUCGCCAGCUGCGAGUUCAACUGCUCCAACGAGAUCCUCUCCAUCACCGCCAUGCUGUCAGUCCCGCAGUGUUUCGUCCGCCCCACCGAGGCUAAGAAGGCGGCGGACGAGUCCAAGAUGCGGUUCGCCCACAUCGACGGAGACCACCUGACGCUCCUCAACGUCUACCACGCCUUCAAACAAAACCACGAGUCUACACAGUGGUGCUACGACAACUUUGUGAACUACCGUUCGCUGAUGUCGGCCGACAACGUGCGCUCGCAGCUGUCCCGGAUCAUGGACCGCUUCAACCUGCCCCGCCGCAGCACAGAGUUCACCAGCAGAGACUACUACAUCAACAUCCGCCGAGCGCUCGUCACAGGCUUUUUCAUGCAGGUGGCUCAUUUGGAGCGCACGGGCCAUUACCUCACGGUCAAGGACAACCAGGUGGUCCAGCUACACCCGUCUACCGUCCUGGACCACAAGCCAGAGUGGGUGCUCUACAAUGAGUUUGUGCUCACCACCAAGAACUACAUUCGCACCUGCUCGGAUAUCAAACCGGAAUGGCUGGUGAAGGUUGCUCCUCAGUACUACGAAAUGGGCAACUUCCCACAGUGUGAAGCCAAGAGGCAGUUGGAGCGAAUCGUGGCCAAACUCCAGACCAAGGAGUAUUCCCAAUACUGAAUAACAGCGACUGGAAAGAGGAAGACAUCCUUGAAAGAGCUUGGCACAAUUCAUACUUUAAAGUUGUAUCCUAUCUUCUAUCUUAAUGUUUCUCUCGAUUCAAGAUAUGAUUUUUAUAACUUUUUUUGUUUGCUGUUUUUCUGUCCAUUCAAUAGCAACGUGUAUAACUGUAAGCAUUUAUGAAAUUGAUAUCAAUGACGAAUAUUAGGCUAUUCUGAUUAGAGAUUUUCAAAAGGAAUACAAUUAACACGUUAAGCAUGAGCAUUCAUGUGGAUAUUGUUGAUGUUCCUCUAGGAAAUUGUGAACCCUGAGAAAAAAAGUGUACUUGCCUAGGUUGUCCUUGUUUCUUCAAUAAAGGAGCUUUGACUUUAAUAAAACAAUGAAUAAUA